AUGUCGCUCCGUCGCUCCCUGCGUUCCCGCGCGGGGAUCAACGACCAAAUGAGUACGAUAGGUAUUAACGACCCUCCCAGGUCCAGACGAAGCACCCGCGCGGCUACUGCUUCUUUCACCCCCGCAGUGACGGCGGUGUGUGUUCCAUCGAAGGCAUCUGGAGGCUCAUCGAAGCGAUCGAUGCAUUUGACUGUCAAGAUGCCCUCUAACAAGCUCAGAGAGGUCACCGGGGGAAGCACCCGGGGGGCGCCUGCCACCCGGCGCUCGGUGAACGUCUUCACAGAGAACCCCAUCAUCACGGGGCCUCGCACUAGUCGGCCCAGGAAGAAGCUGGUAGAGGUAGACACCAGUGACGAGGAUGACCUCGAUGACCAGGAAGAGGACGAGGUCGACGACGACGAAGAUGCUCCGGGUGAGGAUGAGGAAGAUGAAGAUGAGGAUGAAGAGGACGAGGAGGAGGACGAGGACCUCGAUGCUGAUGGAGACCUCGACAUGGAUGAUGCCCCUCCGCAACCUCCCAUUCCCAAGCGACAUGCGAAAGCGGCGGCGGCGGCGGCAGCAUCUGCUCCUAGUGUGAAGGCAGUCAAGAGUGUCGAGGCGAAAGAGAUGGGGUUGGAUGAUGACGACGAUGACGACGAUGAGGAGUUAUCGGAGCCGGAUACCGAUGCUGAGGGCGAGCCCGACGAUCAGGACGAGAGUAUGCUGAUGACCGGCAAUGGUGGCGAGGAGCUGGAUGAGGAGGAUGAGGAGGAUGACCUUGACAGUGACGGAACUCCGACUGCGGAUCUCACUCGCAUGACCAAACGACAGCGCGGGAACCUGGGCAAUGACUUUUUGCAACUCCCCAUGGAACCUCAGGUGAAGAAGCACCUGACCGCAGAGGAGCGCGCCAUGCGCCGCGCGGAGAUGGCUCGUCGACGCAAGAACCUCAGCGAGAAGCGAAACGAAGAAGAGAAGAUGGACACCAUCAACCGACUACUGCGCAAGCAGGCGCCCAAGCGAAGAGGACGCAUUCCCGCCGCCGAGGCCGCCGAGAAUGCAUCUGCAGAUCAAGAGAUCCAGGAAGCGUACCAGAAGCCGGACCCGACGAUGGUCCGCUGGGUCAGUGGUCGCAACGGCAGCCGAGUGGGCGUGCCCGAAGAGUGGAUCGGCACGCCGGCUGCGCAAGUCUUCGGCGUUGGACCUGGCAAGCUCGUCCAAGAGGUAUAG